AUGAGUAAUCGAGUGUCAAAACGUACUUUUGACGAAGUAGCCUCUAAUUACAUUGAAGAAACAAAAAGUAUUUCAAUAGAUAAAUCUUUAAAAAAUGUCACCAUUCUAGAAAAUAAGUCCAUAUUUCAAGAUCUUUGUACAGAUAUUAUUCUUGAAAUUUUUCAAUAUUUCCGUCCUAUUGAUCUUCUAUAUUCAUUUACUGGUCUUUAUCUUCAUCUCGAUGUUCUUUUAGAACCAUAUACACAUACAAUUGAUUUUCGUUGUAUAAAUAAAUCCUAUUUUCAAAGUUUAACACAAUCAUUAUUUCCAUGUUUUACAAAUAAUUUACGUGUACUUCGUUUAAGUAAUGCAUAUACAUUUGGUCAAAUAAGUGAAACACUUAAUAGACUUGAUUGGUCUAAAAUAAAUCAACUUGAAUCAUUAACAUUUGAUUUAAUUGAUUUUGAUGAAUUAUCAAAAUAUUUUCUUGUUAUUCAUCCAUUGCUUAAACAUCUUUGGCGUUUAUCAUUAACAUUUAAUCAAAAUUGUAAAUUUGUUGAAAAAUUACUUAUUGAUCAAAUUCUUCUACCAACAAGUCAAUCUCAAUCAUUAAAAAAUUGUUUUAUUGUUGGUAUUAUAUUUAAUUUAAAUAAAUUAUCAGGACACAAAUUAAAUGAAAAUUUACGUGAAUUAACAUUAACUUUAGCAACAAUAGAUGAUCUUAUAAUUCUAUUUCGUUCUUUACCACAUUUAGAAAUACUUACAUGUACUGUUUUUGAUAGUACAUAUAACGAAAAUCUUGAUAAAAUUCAAUCACUUGAUUUCUUAACAGUGUUAACAUUGAAUAUUAAAAAAUCAAUUCUAUUCAAAACUUUACAAAAAAUUCUCAUACCACAUAUCAAAUUGAAACAACUGUCAUUACAAGCAAUUUUACAUGAUGAGAAUGUCUCUACAAAUUCCAAUCAAGAAAUAGGUGGAUUAGCAUUAGAAAAAUUAUUUCGAACAUUUCCACAAUUAAAGAAAUUACAAUUCUAUAUACGUCAUUUGCAUAGUACUGAUGAUGCAGUAAAAAAUCAUGCGCCUGAUCAUUUGUAUCUAUUUUCAUUUACAUCUCACUUUUGGCUUGAUCGAUCUAUUGAAGUUUUUACACAUUUUGUUGAGAAAUCCAAACAACGUUGUACUUAUACAUUACCAUUUGCUUUUGAUACAUUUGAUAUUGAUGACGUGAUACCAACAUUUUUUUUUAGAAAUUAUCCAUAUUAUUAUGCUAAUGUUCAUCAUUUAUCACUUUCUUCCACGUCUAUCUUAGACGAAUUUAUUUAUUCAAGCAUGAUUUUAAAGUUUUUUCCAAAUAUUCGAACAAUUACAUUUUUUAAGCAACCUUUAAACAGUACAAUCAAUAUUUUGAUUAGACAUCAAUGGGUUCUACAAAAAUCGUCAUCUGAUGAUUGUUCUGCGAUGGUUUUCCCAUGUGUCUAUACUCACAAUCAUCGAAAAGCAACACAUUUAUAUUUUCGAACAUUAAAUAUUACCAAUAAAGACCAAAUAUUAUAUGCAAAUGAUAGUAGACGUAUUCGACAAAUAACAAUCUAUGAAAUGACUCAAGAACAAUCGAUUGAUCUUAAAAAUUUUUUUCCACGGAUUCAAAUUCUUACACUUUAUGUUAAUAGAUUAGAAUGGUUCUUUUCAUCGAAUGAUUGGUUUUACCAUCUAUUGACUGAUAUGCGUUCAUUAUUUAGUUUAACUGUUUAUUAUCCAAAGAAUCUGAAUAAUCAAAAUUUACGUGAUUUACUUGCUAUUACAUUAUUGAACGUAAAAAAACAUUUCUAUAUAAAAUGUAACGAUGGAAUAUUGAACAUAUGGUUUUAG